AUUACACAACUGAAACGAUGGCUGCACGGAAUCCAGGUCAAGAGUUUGAUGCUACCUGGCUCGAGGGGGUCUCCAUCAACCUGCCAGCUGUGAAACGCAGAGCAGAGUCACUGGCAGCAAAAAGAACUGUGAAGAAGCAGUGGCAGGCAGCUUGGUUGCUGAAAGCUGUGACAUGUAUUGAUUUGACCACCCUGGCAGGUGAUGACACUGUCACCAAUGUAGAAAGGCUGUGUUAUAAAGCCAAGUAUCCUAUCAGGCAAGACCUAAUGAAGGCUAUUAAAAUGCAUGAUAAAGACAUUACCACUGGGGCAGUAUGUGUGUAUGCAAGCAGGGUCGCGGACUGUGUGAGAGCCCUGAAGAAGGUUGGGGGAUCUCACAUCCCUAUUGCUUCAGUGGCUACAGGCUUCCCCACUGGCCAAGUUCCAUUAAAAACAAGACUGGAGGAGAUCAGACUUGCCGUAGAUGAUGGGGCAUCAGAGAUUGACAUCGUGAUUAACAGAGCAUAUGCACUUUCAGGGAAUUGGAAAGGUGUCUAUGAUGAAGUGCGUUUGAUGAGGGAGGCGUGUGGUGAAGCACACAUGAAGACCAUUCUGGCCACGGGAGAGCUGGGCUCAAUGACCAAUGUGUACAAAGCUAGUCUGGUCUGCAUGAUGGCUGGUGCUGAUUUCAUAAAAACCUCAACUGGCAAAGAAGGUGUGAAUGCUACUAUUCCUGUGGCACUGGUGAUGGUGAGAGCAAUCAGAGAAUACUAUCACAAGACUGGGUAUAAGGUUGGGUUCAAACCAGCUGGAGGGAUUCGCUCUGCUAAAGAUGCAUGCUUAUGGCUUGCAUUAAUGAAGGAGGAACUGGGAGAUGAGUGGUUGCAGCCACAUCUGUUCCGCAUUGGUGCUAGCAGUUUGCUGACAGAUAUUGAAAGACAAAUAUUUCAUUUUGUGACUGGAAGAUAUGCUGCUGCCCAUGAGUUGCCCAUGGCUUAAAUCCAGUUAUAGAAUGCUUAAAGAUUGGUAUUAUCUGAUGAAACACUGCCCUCCAUUAGUCUUUUCAGUGUUGGAGUUUUGUUAUAUCCAAAUGAACCUAAAUUUGCACACUUUUGCCUUUAUCUGACUUGGGAUGGAAUUAUAAUAUACCAAUAAAGUAUUCAUAGAUAGAUAUCUACCUUAAUCCAGUACAUAUUACUAACUUAUGAUAGUUGAGUAACUGCCAUAUUUUACACACUUGUAUAUAAAUGGGUUAUAUAAACUGAAUUAAGAGGCUGUAUACAUCGCCUGCAUUUCACCACAUUUGUAAUAUGAUUGAUAAGGUUUUUGAAGUCCGGUUUAGUAAGGGUAAGUUGGAAAGUGAAUAAAUUUAUAAAUACUGUACAUAAAGUAAACAGUAUGAGUAAAAAAAUGAAAAUAAAAAAUAUGAUAUAGUAGGAUAGAUUUUGAUUUUUACUAAAAAAGUGUGCCAAAUAAGUAUACUUUAUAAAUAUAUGUUACUACUUAUUAACACAUUCAUAAAUCAUUUAUAAAUUAAGGGACCACACUAGAUCAUUGUCAAUUAAUUUAAAAUCAGGUGCAAAUAUAUAAAGAAGGAGCCCUCUGCAGUAUUUUCAUCAGAUGGAACCUGAAUUGUUAAGUUUUUUUUUAAUAUUAAAGAUUAAAAGGUUUUAUGAAGGAAAACCAUAAUGGAGGGAUAAUUUGCUGGCGUGGUUCAUUAAUAAAAGUAGUAU